CCCAUUGGCUGCGGGCGCCCCUCGGUCCCACGUGACGCUACAGCUGGCGCCCGCCCGACACGUGCGGGGCUCCCCGGGGGCCGGGAUGGAGCCGGGGCGGCGGGACUCGCUGGCGCUGCUCACCGACCUCUACCAGUUCACCGUGGCCUACGGCUACUGGCGGGCCGGGCGGCAGCGGGAGCCGGCCGAGUUCGAGCUCUUCUUCCGCCGCUGCCCCUGCCAGGGGGGCUUCGCCCUGAGCGCGGGGCUGGGCGAGUGCCUGGCCUUCCUGCGGGGCUUCCGCCUCCGCCAGCCAGAAAUCGAGUACCUGCAGUCGGUCCUGCCCAGCACCACGGAGAAGGCUUUCUUCGAUUACCUGCGCACCGUGGACGCCUCCGAAGUCACCGUCUCCUCUGCACCGGAGGGCUCCGUCGUCUUCGCCACGGUUCCGCUAUUGCAAGUGAAGGGGCCGCUGGUGGUGGUGCAGCUCCUGGAGACCACGCUGCUGUGUCUGGUCAACUAUGCCAGCCUUGUGGCCACCAACGCUGCCCGGUUCCGGAUGCUAGCUGGCCCAGACAAGAAGCUGCUGGAGUUGGGGCUGCGACGUGCCCAAGGCCCGGAUGGGGGCCUUUCUGCAUCCAAGUACUCCUACAUAGGGGGCUUUGAUUGGACCAGCAACGUGCUGGCAGGGAAGCUGUAUGGGGUUCCGGUGCGGGGAACCGUGGCCCAUUCCUACGUCAUGUCCUUCACGUCGCUGACGGAGGUGCAGCCCCGGACCCUGAAACCCCUGGAUGGAGAUGAGCCGGUGGAUUUCCUGCCCCUUGCCGAGUUGUGGCUGCAGCGGGUGUGCCAGACACUGCGAGUCCCCCAUGACAGAGUGAACCACGGGGAGCUGGCUGCCUUCGUGUCAUACGCCAUCGCCUUCCCCCACAACUUCCAGGGGCUGGUGGACACUUACUCCAUCAUGGGGAGUGGCAUCCCAAACUUCUGUGCCGUGGCGCUGGCGUUGAACCAGCUGGGAUACCGAGCAGUAGGGAUUCGCGUGGACAGCGGCGAUCUCAGCAAGCAGGCGAAGGAGAUUCGCCAGGUGCUCCGGACCUGCAGUGCCAACUUCCAGGUUCCCUGGUUUGCAACCAUCCCCAUUGCUGUGAGCAAUGACGUCAGUGAAAGGAGCCUGGAGGAGUUAAUGCAGGAGGGGAAUGAAAUUGACAUGAUCGGAAUUGGGACCAACUUGGUGACAUGCCCACUGCAGCCCUCACUGGGCUGUGUUUACAAGCUGGUGAAGGUGAACGGCUGCCCCAAGCUGAAGCUGACUGAAGACGAAGAGAAGAUGACCAUCCCGGGGAGCAAGGUGGUGUACAGGCUCUAUGAUGCCACUGGUCUUGCCUUUAUGGAUCUCAUGGCAUUGGAGGAGGAGCCCCCAGCCGGGGCGGGGCAGGAGGUGGCUGUCCGCCUGCUGGGGAGGAGUGAAGAGGCCAGGAGGGUGACUCCCACGGCUGUGGAGAUCCUGCACCGCACUUACUUUAAAGAUGGACAGCAGGUUUGCCAGGCUCUUCCCAGCCUGCUGGAAGUCAAGAGCCAUGCACAAGCCUCUUUGAGCUUGCUCAGCCCUGCGCACAAGAGACUCCAGGACCCAGAGCCUUACCAGGUUGCUGUGACUGAGAAGCUGCACUUUCUCCUCAAUGACCUGCGCCGAUCCAGCCGGUCUCAUCAUGAUCCACCCCUGAUUGGCAAGAGCAUUCCUCCCAGAGGCCAGGUUCUAGCCUCUCCAAUCGAUGGCAAAUUACCGAAAAUUAAAUCCAACAACAGUGUGUGCGUGUCUGGGAUUUAGGCUGCAUGCUGGUGUGUACGUACGUGACACCGCUUGCCAGACCACAUGUGGCUCUUACUGGGUGCUUCCCAUGCACAUGUCACACGAACAAGAGCAUCAUAGGCCCACCUCAAACCCUGUGAAAGCUUAUGUAGUGGUUAGACCCAGUGAACAUACAAAAGGGAGGCCGUUCUUAUCCCCGCCUUCCGUGCUGACCCUUGUCACAGACACCACAGGGACUGGUCGGGAUGCCCAUCUAAACCAUGCUGAACUAGCAUUUUAACUUGCAAGGUCCAUCAUGUAGCAAUAUCGGCAUGUCACGCACUAAUGCAGUCAAAUUCUAUCUUCUCACUUCCAAUGGGAUCAAAAUUCCUCAAGAACCUCUUCCGUACGUAUCUGCUGGUUAGAAACCCAGCUCCCAGGGGCCCUCAGCACUGUCCUAGAGCUCACGGGGCCUCCUUCUGAACCACUAUCAGAGUGCUCCAUGCACCACCUGGACAUCAAGACUGCCUUGCUGGUUGUCGUUACCUCUGCACGGAGAGUUUGUCAGCUCCACGAGCUCAUAACCAAGGUGGUGGUGAGACCUCACUCCACAUUCAGCUCCAAGGUGGUCUCAGAAUUCCACCUCAACUGAACAAUUACCCUGCCUGCCAAUCUUGAAGCUGCACUCAGCGCUAGGAGAAACUUUGAACUUGGCCAGAGUUUGCUCUCUUUGCUUAACUACACCACAUCCUUCUUCAGGCUGUCUACCUGCCUCUUUGUGGCCAUUUCUGGCCAAGCUAUCUCAU